AACAUUUUCUAUAUAUAAUUACAUAUAAUUAAUUCUCCCUCUCUCUCUCUCUCUCUCUCAUUGUAAACUCUCUUCCUGUGUCUGGAAAGUGGAGCUUGGCAUCAGCAGCUUUUAGAGAGAAAAAGCCACUGAAGAAGCUUCCUUUCACUGCCUCCCUCAGAUGCGUCGGUCUGCGUCGAAGAAGACGGGUCAAUCCAAUUCUACCACUGCUUCAAUUACUUCAUCGGCUACGGAUCUUUUUCGCUCCUCCUCAAGUAAAGCAUCUUCAAAAGAAAUGGAGCGAAUCGAUAACCUAUUUUACUCAUAUGCAAACAGGUCUUCUGGUAUGAUUGACCCAGAAGGAAUUGAAACUCUAUGUUCAGAUAUGGAGAUGGAUCAUACUGAUGUUAGAAUCUUGAUGCUAGCUUGGAAAAUGAGAGCUGAAAAACAGGGAUACUUCACCCUGGAGGAGUGGCGACAGGGCCUCAAAUCACUGAGGGCUGAUACUCUAAAUAAAUUAAAAAAGGCCCUCCCGGAUCUAGAGAAAGAGGUUAAGAGGCCAUCAAACUUUGUGGAUUUCUAUAACUAUGCAUUCCGGUAUUGCCUAACAGAGGAGAAACAAAAGAGUAUAGACAUAGAGAGCAUCUGCCAAUUGUUGGAUCUUGUUUUAGGAUCCCAUUUCCAAGCCCAGGUUGAUUACUUCAUUGAGUAUCUAAAGAUUCAGAGUGAUUAUAAGGUCAUAAACAUGGAUCAGUGGAUGGGCUUUUACCGUUUUUGCAACGAGAUAAGUUUUCCAGACUUCAGUAAUUAUGAUCCGGAGCUUGCAUGGCCCCUGAUCCUGGACAAUUUUGUAGAAUGGAUGCGAGCCAAAAGGACCUAAAACCCAAUGCUUUUGGUUACUUGGUUCUCAGCUGUAAACCAUUGUUGUUAUUUGAGCAGGAUUAUUGAAACUACACCAAAUGAACUCCCCUGUAUUUGUAACUUCCCUUGUUACUUGGUUUAUUUUAAUCCUGUUCUCCACCAAACGUGUAUUUUACGCUCAAAUUUCUCAGGGUGUGUCUGGGACAGAUGUAUGAUUGGGUUUUUUAUGGAGGGAUCCACAAAAAAGCAAUAAAAAACAUGUAUUUUUUAGCUUUUAAUGAGGUGUGGUUUGUGCUUUAAGAAGGUUGUACCUCCAAAAAAACCCGAUCAUAUCUUACAACAUCUCUAUCCCAAACACAUUCUUAGAAAGUGAUGUUUACUUUGUUGUUGUCCAUGCAAGUUCUGCUUGUCGCUGGGAUAGAUACUGUUCAAGAAAAUUCUCCAUUGAGUUUGAGUAGAUUUUCCGUGGUUGGGUAGGCUAUGUCUGUGUUUGGUACUGUGAUGUAUAAUAAUUUUUAUAAAUGUAUUUUAUUUAAAAAUAUAUUAAAAUAAUUUUUUUGA